AUGAAGCAGCGUUGCCCGUCGCCGCUGCCGCACGCCGCAUUGGCGGCGCCGAAGGUUGCCAAUGCUGAAGAAGAACCAGAAGAAAACAGCACAAAUUGGCCACACGACGUCGGAUUUGGGAACCGAUUGGAGAAGAGGCUCGAGCUCAAGCGUCCCUCUGGACGGCCACAUGGGAAACUGGAAGUGAAUGUUACCGUGCGCGAGCCGCGCUACCGUGCCCCGGAUCCAUACUACGCGCCGUACGGAGUCCCUCCACCGGGGAGUAGAGACUACACUGCAGCACCACAACCAUACGGCAACCCCUACGCAGCUCCGCCGAUGCCGGCUUAUUCUGCUCCGCCGUCGGGUUAUCCCUACAGUGCGCCUUCCUACGGUCAACCAAGUUACGGGCAGCAAGCAUACGGGCAGCAAUACGGGCAAAGUGGUUACUCCAGGCAGCCGGGGUAUGCGGUAGAGGAGAAGAAGAAGAGCAAAUUCGGUGGGAUGGGGACAGGAUUGGCUGUGGGUGCGGUUGCAGGAGUGUUAGGUGGACUCGCAUUGGCUGAGGGCGUUGAUGCGCUGGAGGACCAUGUUGCCGAUGACGUGGCGGAUCGUGUGGAGGAUGAUUGGGGAAACGAUGGUGGUGAUGAUUACUAG